UGCAGAUGGGAGGUGGGGAGAAUGGGGACGCGAGCGAGGGCUGUCCAAGCCACCCGAAGCGUUGGAGCUGUGUCGGGAGAGGUGGCAAAAAUUUAACGGUCACGGUGUCAACUUUCAAAAGGAUGGCGUUGAAAAGGGCGGCAACCAGGGUUCCUUUACAACAAAAAAAGAGUGGACCAUGCAUCGUUUCAAGGCUCAGGGUGUGAGCACUCGCGUAUUCUCCAAACCACAAUGGGUGCAUCCCAAAGACAGACUUAAGCAGUGGACCAUUCUUACCGGCGACAAGGUGGCGAUUAUUGCGGGUAGAGAUAAAGACACUAUUGGCGAGAUUAAAUCUGUCAAUCGUCAGACCAACACGGUCAUUGUCGAAGGCAAGAAAUUGGCAAAGAAACAUGUCCCUAUGCAACCGGGAGCCCCCGAAGGUAUCAUGCGAAAAGAAUUACCCAUUCACGUAUCCAAUGUCAUGCUUCUUCAUCCUGAUACACAAGUUCCUACUCGUAUCGAGCGACGUCAGAUUGAAACCACUUUAGACAAUGGUCAAGUUAAGAAGCGUUGGGCUCGAUUUGUCAAGGGCACGGAAAUUGAGAUUCCUAAACCGGAACGAAAAUACAACGAUCGAAGUGGAGACGAGCAAUUUUCUACGGCACCAGAAGAUGUGCUGGCUGUGACUUAUACACCUUCCAACGAACCUCCUGUCCCUGCUGACCUCGUUCGGGAACUGAGAAACCCUUACAAGCGACGUACCGUAUAAUAGAUAUAGACCCCAUUUCUUUCAUGUACAAUAUUUACUCUCGUUUUUCUACUCAUUUUUUUUUGUGACCCUGUGGAGCAUCGCCAUGAAUAAAAUGGAUGAUCUACAAACCCAAGUG